UCAGCGGUGUCGUCAAAGUUGAGCAUAAUAUAGAAAAUGUGGCCUUUUAAUACCUUGUGUGAUAGUACGGCGCGUCUUGAUGGCAAAACUGUGAUUAUAACGGGAGCAAAUUCUGGAAUCGGUAAGGAGACUGCCAGAGAUUUAUAUCGAAGAGGUGCCAGGGUGAUUUUGGCUUGUCGUAAUAUGGAAAAGGCAAACGCUGCAAUGGACGACAUAAAGAGGAAUCCAUUUUCAAAAGUGGAUGGGCAACAGGUGAGGGAUAAAACAGGUGAUCUCGCGGUUUACCAACUGGAUCUCAGCAGUUUUCAAAGUGUAAGAAAAUGUGCUAAGAGUUUACUAACAAAGGAACCGGUGAUUCAUAUUCUCAUAAACAAUGCCGGCAUUGCAAUGUAUCCAUUCGAGAAAACCGAGGACGGAAACGAGAUGCACCUGCAGUCGAAUUAUCUCGGACAUUUUCUUUUAACGCUGCUACUACUACCGAAAUUGCGAUCAUCUGGCUUUGGCUGCAGGAUAAUUAACGUAUCGUCUAUGGCGCAUUGGUUUGGCAAUAUAAAUUUUGAUGAUAUCAAUUUGGAAAAGUCUUAUGGACCAUGGAAAGCUUAUGCACAGAGUAAACUGGCAAAUAUUCUAUUUACUAAAGAACUCGCGCAUCAAUUAGCAAAGGUACACAUACGAGGGAUAAAUGUUUACGCCUUACAUCCUGGUAUUGUAUCAACGGAAAUAGGACGUCAUGUUGGCAAAACCUUUUUUUCUGGUUCGGAUAAACUUUUCAAUUUUCUUACAUGGAUGUUUUUUAAGAAUGUAGUGCAAGGAGCACAAACAACGAUAUAUUAUGCGGUAGAUGAAAAAGCGGGCGAAGAGACUGGGCUCUAUUAUUCUGAUUGCAGUCCUGCCAUGACAUCUAGCAAAGCGAUGAAUGCCGAUUAUAGCAAAAAGUUGUGGGAUGUAUCUUGUCGACUAUUGCAUUUGGAGCCAGAGGAAAAUCUUGUUACAUUAUUAAAUACUAUCUCACGUCAAAUUGCUGAUUAAUGCCAGCUAAAUUUAUUGUUAGUAGUACUGACAGUCUUUACUACACUCUACCAGUUUCAUGUAAAAUUGAAACAUAAUACAAUAGGCGUUAUGAGAACCGAAUAAAGUAGAUACUGCAAUAAAAUGAUAAUUCCGAGUGUGAUGUUCUUCUUCUGAUAUAUUAUGCGACAGAUGGACAAACAUAAGUCUUGUCCAAAAGAUCUUGAAAAGCCUUGUCAAAUGAGACCGUACAGAAGUCUGUAUCUCUUAUCAUUUCCAAGAAAGUCAGAUUCGGGAACAGAAUCGAGUAACUAAAAUAUCUCACAAAUUUAAACAAAUAAAUAGACAAAUAUAGGUCUUUUUCUUGAGAAGUCUUACCAAAGUUUUAUCAUAAAGAAUGCAAAAUAAGAAGCGUAAAUUACGAUGUAAAAUUACGAUUACUACUACUUACAAACUACGGUUGCGCAAUCGAUGAAAAAGUGACCAAUGAAACUAAUCUUUAUUAUAUAUUUAUAAAUUAUAUAAUACAUAAAUAUAUCCAUUCUUAAAAAAGGCAUGAAUUCGUUAAG